GCGCUUAGUUGUUACGUACCUGUGCUCUGUAAGUUUCGAUACUGGAGAAAAUGCCUUAUUUGCGCUUUAUUUCCUUUUUGUGUUUUUUUAUGAUUUGCCGUGAUUCGUCGUCAACACCUGCACAAGCAAACAACAACAAUUGUCCCGGGAACAGCUGCAACAACGGCAACAACGGCAAUAACCAAGCUACCACGCAAGCCUCUAACCAAGCUGCUGCUACUACUGCUAGUAGUAGCAAUGUUUAUACGCGGGUGUAUUCCACGGCUCCGGAGAUGACAACGUUCAUCGAGGAUACAUUCACGAAAUCGACAGCGGAUUACAACACGCUAAUUUUUCCGAGAAGUGAUUUUACUGAGACAAUCAAAGUAGAUAUUGGCUUCAGUUUGACAUCAAUCACCGACUUUGAUGAGGUGGCUGGGACUUUGGAGGUGAUUGGGGUACUUACUAUAACAUGGUAUGAUCAGCUGGUGGACAAUGCUUAUGACGAAGAUGACCAUGGAGGCUUCACGGAAACUACUAUUCCUAAUGGGUAUUUAUGGAAACCGCCAGUCUCCCUUUUCAAUUCUGCGUCAGCUAUUGUUCCCGUUGGAGAUACUUCAAAUUAUGUUCGAAUGUACAGGAUAACGAAUUCAUCUCAAGAAUACUACGGAUACGGUCUGAUGGAAUGGAAACCCGGGGUGGUGACAAAAACUGGAUGUGUAGUGGACGUGGGGUUCUUUCCGUUUGAUAAGCAAUCUUGUAACAUUACAUUUACUCACUGGGGUUUCACUGACCAGGAGGUAAAAUUUGAACCAUCCGCAACAACCUUAGAUUUAACGGAUUAUGUGGCAUCAGACGAAUGGACUCUUACUAGUACAAAACUUAUCGAAGAAACGGUGGACAGUGGAUCGUUUGUGAAAAUGGAAAUUUCGUUAUCAAGAAAACCCACCUACUACUUAGUCAACUUCUUCUUGCCAAUCAUCAUUCUGGGUAUUCUGAACGCUCUGGUGUUUAUCUUACCGUUGGAGAGUGGUGAAAGAGUUGGAUACUCCGUGACUUCUUUCUUGACCUUUGCAGUAUAUCUGUCGCUAAUUGCCGAAGGAAUGCCGAGAACUUCCGAGCCCAUGGCGAUUCUCAGUUAUUAUUUAAUGUCGAUGGUCGUUGUUAGCGCAGUGGCAACUAUCAUAACAAUUUUCACUCUUCGUGUUUACCUAAAAGAUGAAGACGACCGGGUACCAACCCCAAUCGCCCUCUUUAUAGCCUGUCUUAACUGUCUGGUCUGCACGAAGGAAGACGAGGAUGAAGACGAGACGCCAUUGUUGAAGUCUGACGAACUGGCAUUGGAGACAAUGAGAGGGAGGUCGGGGAAGGGAUCUCGGUCUCAAAUUGAGGAAACUGCGAGUAAUUCCAGCGAUGAACCACCCGAAAAUCGAUAUGACGUCGACUGGAAACUUGUGGCGGGUACACUGGACAUGUUUUCUUUUCUUGCUAUCCUGGGAGGUAGUGUGGCCAUCGCGGUCAUGUUUUUGGUUCCAUUAGCUGCUCAAAUGUAUAUGGAGAAAGGUCAUCUGUGUCCGAUAAUGGGGGAUCUUCUACCCAUUCUCUUCAUUCUUUGUAUUGGUUUUGAUGUCGGUUCCAGUCUCACUGCUGAUCAUGUAUGGAGUUGGAUAAACGACACCUUCUGUUCUACAAGUACGUGUACUUACCGGCAGGAAAUUUUCCCACGAGAUGCCUUGUCGGACACUAUCUAUGUGGACAUGGAAUUGAGCUUGAUUUCGUUAAGUGAUUUUGAUGAAGUUGCUGGUCAUCUGGAACUAGUUGGAACACUUCGUAUCAAAUGGACAGAUGAUAUUGUUCUUGACCCUUACUUGACCGCUUCAUCUUUAAAUCCUCCAACGUACUCAUUCACAGAUGUUCUGAUACCACAGGAUGAAGUAUGGAAGCCUCCUAUCACGGUUUUCAAUUCAGUGAAUGCUUUAAAUUCGGUGGGGGAUUCUAACUAUUAUGUGAGAAUUACAGUGUUGAGCUCAGGAGCAAAGGCAGACAUGGAGUGGUUUCCGGGAAUUGUGACAAGAACUGCCUGCAGCGUGGACGUAUCAAACUACCCGUGGGAUAUCCAAAGCUGUGAUGUUGUAUUCACUCCUUGGGGGUAUCAACCAACGGAAAUAACCUUUAACCUGUCGUCCACUGCUGUCGACACAUCGAAAUUUCAAGGUAGCGACAUAUGGGAAAUAAAAUCUUCUACUGGUGUCCAAGAGGCCAAAGGAAACUCGAGUUUUGCUAAAUAUACUUUGCAACUCGCAAGAAAACCUAGUUUUUUUCUUAAAUACAUCGUUUUACCCAUCGAACUUCUUUCUUUUCUGAAUUUGAUGGUAUUUGUAUUACCUGCCGAUUCCGGUGAAAGGGUAGGGUAUUCUGUUACGGUAUUUCUGACUCUCGCUGUUUACGUCACCAUUAUAUCAGAUAAUCUUCCGAAAACAUCGAGUCCCAUGUCCAUCUUUGCUUACUUCUUGAUCACCAUGCUGAUGAUGAGUGCUUUCAUCUGUUUCGUGACUAUAAUAUCUCUACGCAUCUACAUCCGCACCGAUGAAGAUCCGGUGCCAAAAUGGUUGAAACGAUUGGUAGCCGUUGUGCAAUGUCGCUGUUGUUGCAAGAAAGAGACAGAGGAAGUAGAACAAACAGAUUUAAAAAAGCCCCCAACUUCGAAAUCCAAGGUCAUCGUGGUGGAUUCUGGAAGUCCAGCAGGCAGGUGGGCAAAACUUAGGGAACAGGUCACACACAGAAAUGGAAACAUUAACCAGAAAGUUCGAGUCAUUGAUGAACCCAGCGACAGCGAGGACUCUGCUGCAAGUGACGAUGAAACGGAAGACGAUGAAGAAAUGGAGUGGUCAGACGUCGGCAAAGCUGUUGAUCUUUUCUUUCUAUUUCUGUUCUUUAUCCUCAUCGCGUUGAUCUCCGUCGCCUUUCUAGUUCCUCUUGCUUCUACCCGGAUGUGA